AUGUUGCGGAUAUGGCGGGUGAUGUUCGAGUGGUGGCAGUGGCAAUUCUCGCGCCUCGGAUGGCUCGUGGGUCGCCGACCACUCGCCAGCAUCUUCGUCGCGUGCAUUGUCAUCAUCCUCUGCUCGCUCGGCCUUCUACGAGCCAGCUUCAUUGAAAACAUCGACGCGCUCUGGGUGCCGAGCACGUCGAAGACGAUCGUGGACCAGCGCAAGUUCGACGCGUACUUCCCCACGAACCCCUUUUCGCGCGUGGAGCGCGUGAUCAUCGUGCCCAAGGACCCUUCCGCCGACAUGCUGCAGCCGCACCUGCUCAACCAGACGUACAACAUCUACAUGUCGUUGCUGAACCUGACAGUGACAGCUAACGACAACAGCACGGUGGGCAUCAAGCACAUGUGUGCACAGCCAGUGAAGAACGGGGGGUGUGUGUACUACAGCCCGCUCGCCUACUGGAAGGACGACCGCGCGCUCAUGCUCUCGCGGACCGAUGCGCAGCUGCAUGCUGACGUGGACGAGCUGCUGCUGUCGGGUCUGAUCCCGGUGCAGCAGCGGCAGGUGCUGGGUUGCCUGGUAAAGACGCCAUCCAAAGUGUACGAGGGCAACUAUGACGUCAAGUCCGUGGGAGCCCUCAUCUUCACAUUCUUCCUGGACGUGUCUCUUAAGGGCACGCCCACAGUGGAGCGAUGGGAGACAGCACUCUUGGAUAUGCUCGACACGUACCCCUACGAGGACGUGGUGGCAUAUGCGGCAACGGGAGUCUCAACCUCGCAGGAGAUCUCGCGGCAGUCGAGGGGGGACGUGUUUCUGCUGGGAGCGAGCUACAUCAUCAUGACGCUCUACAUGCUCGUCGCCCUCACCACCUUCAAGCCCUUCCGCACUCGCUUCCUGCUCGGCCUGGGCGCGCUGGCUACGGUGGCUUCGGGGAUUCUCUCCUCGCUCGGCUUCAGCGCUCUCUUUUAUCAGUUCAAUCCGCUCACCAUCCAGGUGCUGCCAUUCGUGAUGCUGUCAAUCGGCAUGGACAGUGUGUUCAUCCUCUACACGCACUUCCAGAAGUCCCUCACCUCCAUUACUCACACGCCCCUCUCCAACCUCGACAUCGCCAUGGCGCUCGAGGACGCACUGUACCGGCAGGGCGCGAGCGUGGCGCUGACGGCGCUGACCAAGGCGGUCUCGUUCCUGUGCCCGUGCAUCGUGCUGCGCAUCCCAGCGCUGCAGGAGUUCUGCAUCGUGGUCGCCAUCGCCGUGCUCUUUGAGCUCCUCUUCUCCUUCACCGCGUUCAACGCCUUCCUGAUCCUGGACGCGCGCAGGGAGAGGGACAACCGAUACGACUGCAUCCCGUGCCUUUCACGCAAUGGCCGGCGCACCAAGCCACAGCCAAGCCAGCAGGAGCUGCUCCGAAACACGUCCGCUGCCAAUCCCUUUCCUCAUUCCGCCUCUGCUGUUGAUUCUGCUGCUGCCGCUGCUACUGCUGCUGCUGUUGCUGCCGCCGCCGCCGCUGCCGCUGCUAAUGGUGGUGGUGAUUGCGCCACUGAUGGUGCUGCUGCUGCUGCUAAUGGUGCUGUCAAUGGUGGUGCUAACGGUGCAGCUUGGGUUCCUCUAAGCCAAAGCAGAAGCCCUCCUGCCACUGAUGUGACUGUAGAGGGAGCAGGAGACGACAAGGAAGCCAUCAAAGCUGCGCAUAUAAUCACAGCACCUCCCGCUAUGGCAUCCGAACCGACUGAUCCGGCCGCCACAGCCACCGCUGCUGCUGGUAACAAUACCGGUGCUGUCGCUGCCGCCGCGAACGGAACGGGCUACGGCGCAAAGCCAUCGAAAGAGGAGAAGCAGCAGCGCAAGGCGGAGAAGCGGUCCAAGGUGAAGCGUGAGGGCGGACUGAUUGACAUAUCAGGCAGCACUGAUAAGGAGGCAAAGACGUUUUACGGGCGGUUCAUCUGCCUGUACUUUGUGCCGUAUGCGCUUUGCCACUGGGCGGGGCAGCUGGUGAUCUUCCUGGUGUUUGGCGCGUUGCUGGGCGUGGGCAUCUACGGGUGCAUCACAGUGGAUGAGACGCUGGACGUGCGCACGCUCAUCACGCAGGGCACGCAGCUGUACCACUACCUCGGAUACGAGGAAUCGUGCAACACGCACAUCGGCCCGCCCAUGUAUCUGGUCACAGAGAACAUUGACUAUGCUUCGCUGCAGAAUAGGCCGUACAUGGAGCGCCUGACAGGUCUGGUGCAGAACUCCACGUGGAUAGAGCCGCCCGUGUUCUCCUGGUACCGCGACUUCACAGAGAAGUUCCUGCCAUACAGCAAGUGGGUGACGCAGCUGGACAGCAACGGCCAACUACCCUCAAGGGAGCUGUUUCACGCGGCGCUGGACAACUUCCUCAACGACAGCAUGGAGGGCUUUGCCUACACCUACGACUUUGCGUUUGAGCGCAACAACGGCACGGGCGCGAUUGAGGCGAUCAAGGCGGCGCGCAUGCGCGCGUUCUACAACCCGCUCAAGGGCACGGGCGAGUUUGUGAACGCCAUGCUGGACGUGCGCGGGAGGGUUGAUUCGGUUCCGCAGGUGCCGGCAUUCACGCAGAGCUACUUCUACGUGUUCUACGAGCAGUUCCUGGACAUCGUGCAGCAGUACACCUGGAUGCUCGUGCUCACCAUCAUCGGCAUCUUCUGCAUCACUUUCAUCUUCAUGGGCUUUAAGACCGCCAUCAUUGUUUCGGCCAUGGUGCUCAUGAUCCACAUCUCCAUGCUCGGCCUGACGGCAGAGUGGGGGGUGCAGCUGAAUGCGGUGUCUGCAGUGAAUGCAGUGGCAAUCAUGGGGCUGGCGGACGAAUACGUGAACUACAUCAUGCGCGCAUUCGAGCUCGACCACGGCAACCCACAGGACCGGAUCCGCUCAGCCCUGCUGCAGUACAUCCGCCCCAUCACCAACGCUGCCUGCUGCACAGUCCUCGGCAUCCUCCCGCUCGCCUUUGCCAAGUCUGCUGUCUACAACGUCUACUACUUUCGCAUGUUUCUUGUUGCCACACUCCUGUCCUGGGGCACGGGGAUUAUUUUCCUGCCCGCGUUCCUGCUUGCGCUGCAUGGCGUGGGCAUGACGAAGCCGCUGUAUGUGUUGGGGCUUGCGGCAAAGGAGAAGUUUCUGCGGUGGAGAGGCAAGAAGCAGCAGCAUGAGCAUAAUUCGGAUGAUGGGGGAGAGGAAGGGAAGAAAGAGCCAGGGGAGAGUGAGGUAGCAGUACCUGGAGAGGUCCGGGACUGUCCGCCGUCAGUUGUGCUGUGCCUUUCGCUAGAAAGCUGUUCUCCCUUCGUCAUGUCUGCGCAUUCGGUCCUCCCUGGCAACAACCAUAGCGCCUUUGUGCGGACGCAGUGGGACAAUCUAGACUCGUUUCCUCAGAGAAAACCGCAAUCAGUUUCUAGUAUAGGAUCGCGGUCAAAAAUGGCGGAUCAUAGUUUCUCGUUACAAGGAAAUUCUUGGCCGGUGAACGCUCCGCGACGAGCGAGACACCGGGGUCCCAAGGCCGCCAAAGGACGGGCGAGUGAAGCGGCCUCCUCAGCAGGAGGAAGAACUGUGUUUCAUAAAGUCGAAUCGGGUGAGACAUUGUGGAGCAUCGCUAGGAUGUACGGCAUUCCCGUCCCAGAUCUCAUGGCGUACAACGGAAUUUCGGACGUCAGAGAAGUGUACUCGGAGUCCGUCGUCAUCAUCCCUCUUCUCUCCCCCGCGUCUCCUCGGACAAUCCAAGGAGAUCUCAGCCGUUCAUCCGCCUCAUCUUCUUCUCUUAGAUCGGGUACAGACCCAAAUGAGGCGAGCGGCGUUGGCCGGGGUAGCAGUGGGCGGACCCAAGUGGCGACUGAGGAGGCGUCAACGGUGCUUAGGGGCUUGGCUUCGCGGGUGCAGAAGACGUCGAACUCGUUUCACUUGACGGACUCGUUAAAGGUACUACUCUUCUGCUACAGUGCGGCUUUGAUAUCCUUCCUAAUAGUAGCGGUCAGAGAGCUUCUGAGAACAUUCAAGGAGGCCAGGGACCUUCAAUGGGUGCAGGAGCCGGAACCAGAGCGGCCAAAUGUGGCUCUCAAAACGCGGACGUCCAUGUCCUUGGUCCUGGAUCGGUUGAGUAGGUCCCAGGAGUGGUCGCGGGAAGAGAUGAUGGCAGAUGGUGUAUCAGCGGGAGCGGAUUCGCAACAUUUGGAUGCAGCAACAGCAACGGCUCAAUUAGACAUCGAUCAAGCCCCCGAGCCAUCUCCGGAGGAGGUGGCUCAAGACUAUGAGGAAAUUCGCCGACGGUACAGAGAGGGGCUGGAAGCCUCAUACAGGACCUUUUUGAAGGACACAGGGUCACAAACAGCAGGGAGGUUCCGAGGUGGCAUGCCCUCCAAGUUUAGAAACAAGAAGCCCCCAAGAUGA